AGAAGAAGAAGAGAAAGCCGAAGAAGAAGAAGACAACCACGAAGACGACUACGCAGGCAAAUCUGCAGCAUUGUCUCCGCGUGACCCUUCCUUUUGGUAAAAUUUAAGUUUAGCGACUCGUGUUGCGUUUUUAUUUGAAGGAGAAGAAGAACCCAAGGAGCUUUGUGUGAAUCCUGACAGUUCGUGAUCUUCCAAGAUCCGGCUUUGAUCAGUCACUUCAGUGGUCGCCAUGGCGCUGAGACGAGGACACAUCAGGUACUUGAAGGUGUGCGAGGUGCAAACAUCUCAGAGCGACGUCAGAGAUGGCCAAGGAGGUGGAAAGGAGAUGUACGACAACGGCUACAACGACCAGAUGAUGGAGGACGACAACUCCAGAACCAACCUGAUCGUCAACUACCUGCCGCAGAGCAUGAACCAGGACGAACUUCGCAACCUGUUCAGCAACGUUGGCGAGGUGGAGUCGGCUAAGCUGAUCAGGGACAAAGUUGCAGGCAACAGUUUAGGUUACGGCUUUGUUAACUUUGUUAACGCUAGUGAUGCCGAGAGGGCAAUCAGUUCCCUCAACGGCCUGAGGCUACAGUCUAAAACUAUCAAGGUGUCGUAUGCACGUCCGAGCUCGGACACCAUCAAAGAUGCUAAUCUGUACAUUAGCGGUCUGCCACGCAAUUUGAGCCAACAGGACCUGGAAGACAUGUUUUCUCGCUACGGACACAUCAUCAAUUCUCGAGUGCUGGUGGACCAGGCCUCAGGUUUGUCGCGGGGCGUAGCCUUCAUCAGAUUUGACAAGAGGGCCGAGGCCGAGGACGCCGUCAAACAUCUCAACGGGCAAUCGCCUCCCGGCACCUCUGAGCCAAUCACGGUCAAGUUUGCCGCCAAUCCCAACCAGGCCCGGAACUCUCAACUGAUGUCGCAAAUAUACCACGGUCAAUCACGACGUUUUGGAGGACCUGUCCACCACCAGGCGCAGAGGGUCAGAUUCUCUCCGAUGAGUGUUGACCACAUGGGUGGAGGGGGUGGAGCUUCAGGGGGCUCGUCGGGUUGGUGCAUCUUUAUCUACAACCUGGGCCAGGAAGUGGACGAGGCCAUCCUCUGGCAGCUCUUUGGGCCUUUCGGUGCUGUUGUAAAUGUGAAGGUGAUACGGGAUUUCAACACUAACAAGUGCAAAGGCUUCGGCUUCGUCACCAUGACCAACUACGAGGAGGCCGCCUUGGCCAUCCACAAUCUGAACGGCUACAGACUGGGAGACAAAGUCCUCCAAGUGUCAUUUAAAACCAGUAAAGGUCACAAGUAGAGGACACACCAUUGUUCAUAGAAAGGUUUAGUGAGGUGUUAAGUUUUGCAAAUAUUAUUAAAGCGUUUCAACAGGUUUUGUUGUCCACCUAAUAAUUAUCUUAAAUAUAAUUGACAGUUGUUUAAGACAAUAAGGACUGUCAUUGUAUGCAUUUUUUUUUUGUGUCAUGGUGGGAAGAAUAAAGACUAUUUGUCUAACUUGA